GACGCGCGUAGGCGUCACGACGCCCUGCAACGCGACGCAUCGACCACGAGUGCUGACGGUUUUACGCGUUGCGGCAAAAUUUUGCAUACACUUUCACCCGCCGCAGAGCGCGGCUUCAUGUUUUUAUGUGAAUUUUGAAUGUGCCACAAUGUGACCGUUUUAAUUACCAUGGAUUAUUUGGGUUAAAGAAGCUGCAUCAACGAACAAAGAUUGUGCUGUGUUGAUAAAAUUAUAUUAAAAUGUGUGUGACAACGAAUUUGAUGAAUAUUAGCGUAUUUCUUAUUUGAUAACAAGUGAAACAAAACUUUGUGUCAUCAACUUUUAUUAAACAUUAAUGGAAAUUAGUUUAUCAACACUUUCACAACAAUAAAAUCAGAUACGUUGUUGUAUGAAAUUCAGCACUGCACGCCGAUAGAGGGCGACACAACGUAGAAUGGACCCAUUUGAGAAUGAAUUAAUAUGGCUUCCGUUGGCGCAGAUGUGACAUGAUGGAGAAAUAUGCGACGUUCCACGCAUCGGUGGCAGUAGUCGCACUGAUCACACUCCUCACCCCAUUGGGCACACACUCCGAGGAGACAACACAGUGUCCAAGCUUCGCCGCCAAUCCGUCAUGCCCGUGUUACAACUUCGAGGACGGGAUCUUCCUGGAGUGCCCCGCCGCCACUGCCCACUCUCUCCGCGCGGUGCUGAGCAUCGUUGGUGGACCGAUACAGUCCCUCAGCGUCUACGACCUGGACAAAUCUGUCACGCGGCUUUCGGCCGACUUCUUCCCGGAUGGCACGACGAUCAAACACCUACAGAUCUCGCAGAGCAACCUCAUGGAGAUACAUGACGACAGCCUGCUAAUGCUGAAACCUGAAUUAGAGUCGCUCUCGUUUGUCAGCGGCAAACUGAAAGAGAUCCCACAGAAAGCUUUUGGGGGAUUGAUAAAGCUGAUUGCCCUGGAUCUUGAAAGCAAUGAGAUUAGUGACCUGCCAAGUUACAGUUUUUAUGGUUUACAUCUGAUCAAACUCAACAUGAAGGGCAACUCUUUGCAAAAGAUCUCAGAAUAUGGUUUCGCUGGGUUGGAAGACUCGUUGUCAGAAUUGGACAUGGCUGAGAAUAAGUUGCAGUUUUUUCCUAUGCCAGCUUUAAGAAGAUUGGAGAGGCUGCGAUUGUUAAGGCUAGCUUGGAACGAGAUUAGUGCCAUACCUGAUGAUGGAUACUCCAGGUUGGAUUCACUUCUCUUCCUUGAUUUAAGCUCGAAUAACUUUGAAGUACUCAAAGAAGAUUGCUUCCGACCUACACCAUCUGUACGCACACUUUCGUUGUACUACAACGUUAUAGAAACAGUUCACCCCAAUUCGUUCAUCUCAUUGAACAACUUGGAAUCGUUAGACUUAAGCCACAACAAGAUAGUAUUCUUAGAUGCUACUACUUUCAACAUUAACAAAAAACUAAAAUCAAUUGAUUUAAGCCACAAUCAUGUGCAUUACAUUAGUGGAGUAUUUGCAAAUCUACCUGAUUUAAAAGAGCUGUUCCUAUCUGAAAACAAUAUUCUGGAGAUUCCGUCGGAUGCAUUUACUGAUUCAAUUGGUAUUAACGUGAUUUAUCUUCAGCAAAACGCGAUACGACGAAUAGAUCCUGAAGCUUUGCAGACUUUGACGAAUCUUGCUCAAUUACACCUAAGCUCUAAUUUCAUUCCAUACAUCCCUCGUCAGUUGUUUUAUGCCAAUCGUAAUUUGACCUCCUUGAGUUUGGAUAGCAACUGGAUUACCGACAUGGAACCAGGAACUUUUGAUCGUACCAUGGCUCUAAGAGAAAUCAGACUUCACAAUAACCGGCUGCAGAAUAUUCAUCGAGGAGUAUUCGAUCCGCUUCCUAGUCUUUUGGAGCUGCACUUGCAAAACAACUGGAUCUCUAACAUAGACUCCGGUGCUUUUAGGAGUCUUCAAAGUUUACAACACGUCAAUCUUCAAGGAAAUGUUAUUUCUGAACUCGGAGAUGUUUUCAUGCAUGAAUCACCAUCGCUGGUGUCAAUUCAGCUUGAUUCCAAUUCAAUCCUAAGUCUACAUAAUGAUUCCCUGCGAGGGCAGUCUAGUGUUCAGAUCAUGUGGUUGGGUCACAAUCGUUUGAGAAGUUUAGAUAAAGCACUUUUCAGUGAUUUGUUACUAAUCCAACGAGUAUAUCUCAACAACAACAGUAUUUCGUAUAUUGAAGACAAAGCUUUUGAACCGAUGCAAGCUCUGAAGUUUUUGGACCUUAGCAUCAAUAAACUGAAACAUAUAAGUACAAAAACUUUUGCCGAACUACACGAGUUGGAAGAAUUGCAUUUGGAUUAUAAUGGUCUGGAGACUAUUGAAGCACACGCAUUGACCAACCUGAAAAAAUUACGAACAUUGGAUCUUAGUCAUAACUUUAUUUCAGUUAUUCACGAUUUGAUGUUUCAAGAAGGCUUACCUAUCAGAUACUUAAAUCUGAUGAACUGUUCUAUAAAGCAAAUUGAAAGUGGAGCUUUCAAAGGCUUAAAUAAUUUGAACGAUCUUAAUAUUGAAAGGAACGACCUUGUUUCUCAGGAUCUUAAAAACUUGGACAUUCCUGGUCUAAGAACGCUUAAAGUUUCACAUAAUAACUUUAGUGAUUUGUUUUCUGGAGCUUUGGACGGGCUGCCAUCUUUGCAAAUAUUAGGCAUGGACCAUUGCCAAAUAUCUCUCAUGCCAGAAAAUAUCUUUAAAAAUAACAAAAAUUUGCUAAAGAUUGAUUUAAGCAAGAACGACCUUAAAGAGCUCAAGCAUUCAACGUUUUUAGCUUUAAACGUUCUUAAAGAACUCAAAUUGAGUGAGAAUGCAUUCAAAGAUAUUCCUUAUACAGCUCUUUUAAAUAUAACAACUCUUGAAACAUUAACUCUGGCUUAUAACAACAUGACUAUGUUGGAAUUAUCCAGACUGAACGGUUUGCCGAACUUGAGAGAUUUGGAUUUGAAAUAUAAUCUUAUUUCAUCCCUGCUUGGAUUUGCUUCCUCCAAUUUAACACAGUUACUAUCAGUUGACUUAAGUGGAAACCUAUUGGCUGCACUACCUGCAAACUUUUUUCAUCAUUCUCCGCUACUAAGGAGGAUUGACUUAUCAAAAAACAGAUUCAGACAGAUUCCAACAUCUGCUCUUUCGGAAAAUACCUUACCUGGUCUUGGUUGGCUGAAUUUAACUGGCAAUCCUUUAGUACGCAUUCAUGAUAUUGCCUCUGCGCACAGGUAUCCUGCCCUGGAGGAAAUACACAUUAGUGGCACAAAUUUAACAAUUGUGACAAGCAAAGAUUUUGAAACUUUUCCUGCAUUGCUUCAUGUGCAUUUGGGACUAAACCGGAUAUCGAGAAUUUCCCCAGGCGCAUUCAGUGGAUUACCACAUCUAUUGACAUUGGAUUUGGGCGUCAACGAGUUGGAACUUUUACCACAAGAGCGCCUCCAGGGAUUGAACCACCUGAGAAUAUUAAAUUUAACCCACAAUCGAUUGAAAGAACUGGAGGAGUUUCCUCAGGACUUGAGAGCACUGCAAAUAUUAGACUUGUCUUUUAAUCAAAUUGGUAGGAUCAACAAAUUUAUGUUUCAACAUUUAGAAAACUUGGCUGAACUUUAUUUGGAUGGCAAUUGGAUCUCUUCUGUUUCUUCCGACGCGUUUAAGCCGCUAAAGAAGUUGAGAACAUUGGAUUUAAGCAGAAAUUAUUUAGAGAAUAUUCCUUUGAAUGCAUUCAGACCGUUGGAAACACAAAUAAGAAGUUUAAAAACUGAAGAAAAUCCACUAUCAUGUACUUGCGACUCUCAAGAACUUUGGGAAUGGUUCCGUGAUCACCAGAAACUUAUCGAACAGGCUGAUGCAAAUGCAAUUAGAUGUGAACAACCACCAGAAUUACGAGGAAGGAGGUUCUUGGAUUUAGCACCUGAGCAGUUUUGCGAUCAACCAAUGGUACAAAGAUUGGCGAUACAAGACAUUCAACCAUUUUCAGUUUUAGUUUCCUGGCAAAGCCGGAACCACUCCGGGUUAUACGGGUACCAGGUGGUUUACCAUAGUAUUGAUGGUGUGGAGGAGAUUCGUGGAAGAAUGCUGGACAGGUCAAUUAGGUCUACCAAAUUGGGAAGAUUGUAUCCUGGCACUAGGUACCUAGUAUGUGUUCUAGCUCUAGGCAACUGGGCUACAAGAAGAUUCCGGCCUGAAUCCAAGUUUGGUCGUCUUGAUCCAAACAUGUCAGACAACUGGGAGUCGUUUACUGAUGCCAUGCUUCCACUUUUGGUUGACACACCAACAAGUCGAUGCAACGAGGUGACCACCUUGGGAGCCCCUGACAGUAUCCACGGAGAACUGGGCAGUCUGCCAGACCAUUCCAUGGGAAUCCAGUCCAUCCUCACGCGUCGACUAGGUUUGAUCAUCGGAUGCUGCAUGGGUUUUAUUGUGUUCAUCGUGCUUGUCUCCGUAUUGGGCUACUUGAAAGUCAAAAAGCAACGGGCUGCCAUCAAACGCGAUCAACAGGCUGUUCCUCCGGAGUAUUUGUCCUACAGGCAUUUUUCCAUCCAAAGUGGUGAAGCCAAUCGGGAGCAACAAGGUGGUCAUCCGCACUUCAUCACCAAUAUGAACACAACACUUAACUAGAAAUGUGGAAGAACCAAAAUGUUGAUGGGUAAUUUAUCGCUCAUUGAGUAAACUUCAAAAUGAAUAUUUAACUCCCGUAAAUCAAAGACAGUGGAAAGUGACAUUACAGUGAUUUUGUGAUAAUAAAUUAAAUUAACAUUACGUUAAACUAAUCUAUUCUUAGGUGUAAAGUGUGAGAAGUCAGGAGGGAAAAUAUAGUCAAUUGUUAGUAGUUUUUUGACAAUUCGCUUCGAUUGAACAUUCGUUUCGACUUUAUCUUCGCAGUGCCACAAUCAGUCGAGUAAAGUGUGUUUAACAAAAAGACAAUUGCAACAACUUAGAGUGCGUUUUCCUGCAGUUAAGUGUUCAACAUUCCAAGCAAAAUAUCUAAAUAAUUGUCAUUAACAAAUUAAUUCAAAAGUAGUGAAAACUGCACAACUAGUAAAUGAUAAUCAAUUGUUCCAGAAUCUCCGAAAUAACGAUUACUUAAGAUCUAAGAUGUAAGACUUAAGUUCAGAUACCUUCCAAUAAUCAACCGUAUACAGGGUGUUUCAGAAAGAAAGAAAAGCACCUAAAUAUGAAUGUUUCUUGUCAGAUGAAAAAUACCAGUAUAUAACAAACGCAAAAUAAAAAGUAAUUACUAAACGUACUCGUAAACUAACCUAAAUCUUAAAUCUUAAGAAAAUGUACAAGAACAAGUCGUCCCAAGUUAACAAUGCGCCAGUGAAGCAACAAUUUGUACAUAAAUCUAGCCAGCAUGAGACUCAAAGCGCAUAAAUAAAUAAUAAUUAAUUGUACGACUGAUACCAAGCCGCCCUCGAAGAAGUUAGGAGCUGGCCGAUGAUUUGUAACAAAUCUAACGCUCAGAAGCGUUCGGUUUAAAUAUCGAUUUGACCUCAAAAUGGGGGACUCUGCUAAGUAUAUUAAUUAUAAUUUAUAUCGAUAUUAUUACGAUAUUUAUUGCUUAUUUUCCCGAAGUAAUGUUUGUCAAUUAAUUUUAUAUUUUCUAUUUAUAUUGAUAUUUUCAUUACAAUAUAUUAUAUAUUGAAAUCGUAUUUGAAUAGUAAUACAUUGAAUUAAAUUAAUUAAAUUAUUAAUUAUAUUCUGUUAAAUUACAAUGUGACUUUUGGUUGUGCAGUUAAUGAAAUUAUUAAUUUACGGCAACUACUAAAAUUAUUAAACAUGAAUAUUGACUUGUAUAGAUAGACGAUGAUGAUAAAUUUAUAUUAUAUCGAUAUAAUGAUUGAGAGAAAUUGUCAACAUCAAAAUUACCAAUUGGACACGAAAGUAUGUAUCAUAUUAGUAAAAACAAAAUGUAAUAAUAAAUGAAAGUUUGUUGUA